AAGAGGGAAAACACACACACACACACACAAUACAAUGUGUGACAGUCUGUGCCAUACACUGGACAUGAAUAGGGGUGAUCCUGGAGGGGGGGCAGAGAGGAUCUAACAUCAUAAUGGAGUGAAAGAUCAGCUGCCAUUUAACUGGAAAUGCACCCAUGUGAUGGGCCUGGAUCUCUGCAGGGUCUCUGCAGGAGCAGUCCACCUGUUGCGUUUGAGCGACCACACGUGAAGACCCUCCUCACAAGGGAUGCUGACUCUUUCUAUUUGACGGACUUCCAUCCUUUUAUGAGCACCUGUUUGAUUUUGAACUGGUCUACAAGCACACGGUGGAUCAUGGGUCAUCCAGCCGUGAAGACUUUGCCGAUGCAAACGGAUCAAGUUAUGGAAGAAUAAUGGCAGAAAAGUCCAAUCCCAUGAUUCCGUCUGCCUCCAAUCUAACAACUGUCCCAUGGGAGCAACAGCCUACAGUUCCAACAGAUGUUGGCGUGGUCACCAGCUCUCAGUCGCAGCUCAAAGACCUUUUCGGCUUGUUCUGCAUGGUGACCCUGAACCUCAUCGCACUGCUGGCAAAUGUCGGCGUGAUGGUGGCCAUCGCCCGCGCUCCGCACCUGAAGAGGUUCGCUUUCGUGUGCCACCUUUGCGCUGUGGACUUGCUGUGCGCCAUUCUCCUCAUGCCCUUGGGGAUCAUAUCCAGCUCACCCUUUUUCGGCACUGUGGUGUUCACCGUUCUCGAGUGUCAGGUGUACAUCUUCCUCAAUGUGUUUCUCAUCUGUUUGUCCAUUCUCACCAUCACCGCCAUCAGUGUGGAACGCUACUUCUAUAUCGUGCACCCGAUGCGUUACGAAGUCAAGAUGACCAUCAAUUUAGCUAUCGGGGUCAUGCUCCUUAUCUGGGUCAAGUCGGCGCUCUUGGCUUUGUUCACCCUCUUCGGCUGGCCGGCAUAUGGAAACCAAAGCUCGAUUGCGGCAGCCCACUGCUCUCUCCAUGCAAGCCACAGUCGCCUUCGAGGAGUGUUUGCAGUGCUCUUCACUGUGCUUUGCUUCCUGGUUCCUUCGGUGAUUAUCUUUGUCGUUUACUGUGCCGUGUACAAGGUCGCUCGUUCGGCCGCCUUGCAGCAAGUCCCUGCUGUCCCAACGUGGGCCAGCGCGAACCUGGAUAAGAAUCGGUCGGACUCUAUCAGCAGCCAGACCACCAUGAUCAACACCACCCGCUCUCUGCCACAGAGACUUUCCCCAGAAAGAGCGUUCGGCGGAGGCAAGGCAGCCCUCACCUUGGUAUUCAUCGUGGGUCAGUUCUUGGUAUGCUGGCUGCCCUACUUCAUCUUCCACCUGCAAAUGUCUCUGACUGGCUCCAUGCACAGCCCGGGAGACUUGGAGGAGGCGGUCAACUGGCUGGCAUUUUCCUCAUUUGCGGUGAACCCGUUCUUCUACGGUUUGCUCAACAGGCAGAUCAGAGAGGAGCUUGUCAAGUUUCGACGCUGCUGCCUGACCCAGCCUGUGGAGUUUGCCGCUUCCAGCCAUGAGGGAUCCCUGCAGGAGAACUUCCUCCAGUUCAUCCAGAGAACCAGCUGCACAGCUGAGAGACGCUCCAGCUGUGUCGACUCCAGUCCCAGAAACACUGUGGACCACAGAGUUAAGAUCCCUGGACAAAUACCAGAGGAUCACACUUAGAGCCAUUCAGGCACUUUUUCCCAUCAUAUUUCAAAGGGGUCCUGUCCUACAUUUUCAACUUUUCAGACUUAUGAAUACUGUACGGUUGUGGUCGUCUCCCAACUUGAAGGUUGCUGGUUCGAUCCUCCGUUCUCCCAUGACCAUGUCGAAGUAUCCUUUGGCAAGAUACCGAACCCCCAGUUGCUCCUGAUGCUGCGUCAUCACUAGGUAAAUGUAGUAACAGUGCCAAAGCGCUUUGAGUACCUUGAAGGUAGAAAAGCUGCUGGUAGUACCAGUUGGCACCAUACAAAGAAAAAGGGGCAUGCCAAGAAAACUACAGUACCUUGUCCUAAUUUUGUGGGGCCUAACCGUUUGUGUUAUUCAUGCUCACUAAACUGCCCCACUCAGGCAGAGAAAGGACAGAGAGAGCCGGCAGGAAAACAAAAACAAAGUCAGACAGACUAAUUACUAAUACUUCAAAAAUGGCACAGCAACACCCAUAAGUGAGUAUACCCCUCACAUUCCAGCUAGCAUAUCUUAUCAAGGGACUACACUGUAGAAAUGAAAACGAGUCAUCGUUCGGCCAUUAUUGUCUAAAAUGCUGGCCACACCAUUGAGUAGCACAAUAAUCGUGUAUUGCCAAUAGUCAAGCAUGUCAUGGUCUUAGGCUGCAUGAGUGCUAGGGAGCUGUGGUUUAUUGAGGAGAAAGAAUAAUUCCAACAUGUUCUGCGGCACUGUGGCGGCCGGCAUUAUUAAAGUAAUUACAUGGUGGUAGCGUCAUGGGGCUGCAUGAGUGCUGCCGGCACCAAGGAGCUGCAGUUCACUGAGGGGUAUACUCACUUAUGUUAGACGUAUGAGUUUUAUUUAUAUGCAUUAAUUUUGUAGCAUUUGACCAUCUGCUGGAUGUGGUGGGGCACAAUCCCACUUGCCCCCAUGGUAUAAACCAUUAACUGUGACAAAAUGUGAUGUUUGUUGAAUUGUAUUUUAUAUUUUCUACGUGUAUUUCAAGUGUACAUGAACCAAAAAAGGUGAA